CACACGCUUGGUACUACACAACUCUUUCGUCAUAUUUGCCAAGAUGAGUCAAGGAAACAAUAGUAAUUUCAUAUGGAAUGAGUAUUUGCGAGUGAUGGUGGCCGUAGCCCUCAAUAUUAUCAGGGAGACCCCCGAACACCUCACCCCUCGCUGCUACACCAACAACCUCAUGUCUGUUCUCCUGCCCUUGCCAUCUCCAGCGCUGACCAUGCUGGAAGGUGAAGGGUCAGCUGUGAGCCUUCCGACUACCAAGGAACAGCAGGUACAGCAACAGCAGAAGGCGGCAGACACUAGGAAGAGGAGAGCCAGACCCACCCAACGUCUCCAUCCCUCUCACAAUGAUUUUGUAGUGAAUUCAAAUAUUGAUGUGAGUGGAGACACCAGUAGAGUCCCAGAACCUCCGACAAUCACAAGCACCCAAGAAGGUGGCUGCGCCAAGAGUAACUCCGUAGCCAGCAUGCAGUCCCUUCGUAUAUCCGUGAGGCCGUUGGAGGAGUUGACCUGCUCCCAGGAUGGUAUGGUAGACGCUGAGUGUGUGAAAAACCUAGCCCCUAGCAUGGACGCCCUACACCCUACGUCGGGCGUUCGUCAAGUUAAACCCCUUUACCAGGAACUGAUUCUACCAGGAAGACGCAAUUCCUUAAUACCAUUUUGUGUAAAGUAA